AUGAUGGCUAUCCCCGACGGCUACGUGCCCGUCGUCGCCUUUGGCUUCUGUCCACCCUCGGGGAUCUUCUUGCAGUUGGGUCUCUACCUUUUCGACAUCGUGAACGACCUGGUUCAAAUCAGCACCUUUCUACUGCACAGAGACUGGUGGUUUGCCGGAGUUCUGAGCUUUUUCAUCCUCCUAAGCCUGGCACUGACGAUCCCAAAGAUGUCGGAGGACAGCGAUUUGCAGCGCUUCGACCCGCUGGGCGAAGCCCGGCUCUGCUUGGCUCGGGGGGUGCCGACCGUAGCUUGGGAGCGGAUGCUCGCGUGUGAGCGGAACAUCGAAGCACCGAGCACUGGACUCAUCGGCCCCUACGGUGCCUCCUUGCUCCAGCUCACACCGCUGCAGGCAGCCAGCUGCCUCUAUGGGCUCUGCACCUCCGCGAAGGCCAUGGCCGAGGGCAGGCUGCAUGUGGAGGUGGUGAAUGGCACGGACACAGGAGGACCACAAGCAUUGAAAGCCGUGCGCCCGGUCAAGGCCACCGCACUCUUCGCCUGGUACUUCGCCGCCUUUACCGCGGAGCUCGCGGCCUUCGCUGUGGCAAGUGCUACCUUGCACCCCAUCAUCACCCUGCCGGGGUACCUCCUAGGUGCUGUGGCGAACGGGGUGGCGACCUGGUGGUCUGGAUCAAUGGAUUUUUUGGAUACGGUAGCAUUAUCUUGCGUCAUGGUUGCCUUUGCUAUGGCAGGAGACCAGGCGAAAAGCUUCUUAAAGAACAAGGCAACGAAGACCGAAGCUAGUGGCCCUGGUUUUAUUCCAGCGAUCGUUCUUCUCAUCCGCUUCAUUAGCUGGGCGGCCCUCUGCUUCCUCGAUCUUCCGCAGGGCCUGGUCCCGCUGGGCUCGCUGGGGCGCCCCAUGGGCUUCCCGGUGCUCCGCGAGAAAUUCCUGGAGCCGGCCACCGUUUGCUGGGAGGCCUUGGCCUGUUUCACGUCCCGGUUCUGGAUAUUCGUCGAACCGGAGGCCAAUGCGACCUCUACGUCUUGGACCGAAGAGGUGGGGUUUGGCGACUGCACCUGGCCGACAACCGGCGAGCUGAGCAGUGCAUCCACCAUCUUCAACACCUGCUUGUUGUUGUUCGCCGUGGUUCUGGUUCCUCUGCACAUGUGCAUUGUGGUGGGAAUGUUGCUUUUCAAUCCAAUCUACGCCUGUGGAGCCGACAACCUCAACCUCAAGGAGGAGGUCGAAGCGAAGCAGCGCGAAAUCGAUGCCUUCGCCGCGCGCAACGAGCAAGCUGCAGGGCAGCCUGUGAAGCUGGGUUUUCUUGCAGACCAGGUAACGACCACUCCGUGUGACGUGUCGCCGCAGGGAUGCAGGACUACUUAG